CGGAACAACAAACAAAUGUCUGACCAUUACGUUGCCAAAUUUUCUUGGGAUUGGAGCUUGUACAAAGUCGUACAGCAACCUCUGCACUCCGGGAAGUGUUGGAAUCACUGGGUUGGUUCAGCGAAUUUUAGAGUGCUUCGUGAACGGAAUGCUGAACUUUGACCUCCCAACGCAAAUAUACCUCUUCAUAGAAUUUCUCAAGGAACUCUUGCAGGAAACAGAUCCUAUUCCUGAGAUCCUUGGGGGCCUUUGUGAAACGCUUUCCUCUGUGACUGGCGUCAUUGCAAUAGACCUUGACUGCAAUUUGCUGCAAUUAGACACUCAGGCUCUGUGUGAAGACAAGAUCAAGUUAACGGUGCCCGCUACUCUCAACCUAACAGAGUGUUUUGGACAAGUGCCAUUUACAUGCAUCAGGGGAAAUGUUUUGACGGAACCGCUGCUGAAAGGAUUUACCGUAUUGUUAGCGUGCCUAACGCGUACCGUUAUAAACCUGGGCUUAGAUGGGUCGCUGGAAGAAUUGGUCUGCUAUAUUGCAGAACUUCCGUUCAUCUUGUUUGGGAAGCAGACAAGUGAUCUCGGAAGUUUGACCGACGGCCUUGUCCUCGCUCUUCAACAAAGCUUCGGCAUUCAUUGCAGCGUGUCGAACCAGAGAAAAUAAAGAAUUUAAAGCAGAGACUUUUCCGCAACGUUUGUUCAUACAAAACAUUCGCGGAAAUUUACAUUCACUUUUUUCAGUCUAAUAAGCACAAAAGCCUGAGAUGAGCAGUUUCUAACAUAAGAAACGAGCUCAGGCGUUGGCUCAGCUGUCAAACGUACCAGCCUGAAGAGCCUUGUCUUAGCGCUGGUAAACGGGCAAACGUCGGUCUUUUGUUCUCCGCACAGUGCAACAAAAUCAAUGGUCGCCCGUCGUGGAUUAGGUCAAGCGAGCAGUCAUCGCUUUAAGCUUUUGAGGUACCUGUACUUACCCACAAAGUUUCAUAGUCAGGCAUUCAAGGCUGCGACUUUCUCCACUGUGUUUGCAACGACGCAUUUUGGACACAGUUGGAAUUUUAAUUUACAUGAUGCUGUCGGCUUUAUUCCGAUAGCACGUUCGCUUUCGUAUUGUUUUUUUUUUGUUUUUUUUAAUUUUUUUAUUUUAUUCCGUUUGUUUUAUACUGUCUUGCUGUUAACAAGUGUUCUUAUUACUCAUAUGCUAUAAACAUGUUUUGAUAUUACUCUUCGCUCUCAUCUGUACUACUGUUGCUUUAAACAUUGUAUAACAUCAUAAGUGUCUUUAGCAGGAGGUCCCGAUACAGUCUUUGACUAUGGGACCUCCUUAUGUAUACUACGCACAUGCAAUUAUUUGUAAUAAUACUAAUAAAUAAAUAAAUUAUGAAAUUAUGAAAUUAUGAAAUUAUGAACCGCCCUCAUCCUUAUGUCACUCUAUCGAUUGUGCGUACGCAGCUCUUGCAUGGAGAAUUACAGUACAAUAGACUGGACCCCGCCACUCUCGUACUCGUAUUUCAAGAAUGCGGAUACCGCUCUUGAUCGGAGUCAGAGAAAGCGUACCGCAGCAGGAAGUCCAGCCAUUCACAGAACAAUCAGAUUCCGAAAAAAGGAAACACCUCAGUGCUUCUUCUCUUGUGAAGAAACGAGCCCCAGUAUAAGUUAAAUACAUUCCAGUCUGUUUCUGUUUGAUUUCCCUCAAUACGAUUCCGUGAUUAGUGAAACAA